GUGAGCUCUGGUAAACCCAUCCACACUCCCAUGACCUCUCCUCUCUAACUCUCUCUCUUUCUCUCUCCCUGCAACUCUUCCUUCCCACAAACCCUAAAUCCGACAGUCAUGGGCUCUAAGGUCCUUCCUCAGGCUCUGCUAACAAUCCCAAGAAACCCUAACCAGUACGCGUCGGUAAAGCUCGGCUUCUCGUCCGCCGUGUCUCGUCCCACUUCCUUCAGUUCCAGCGGCGUUUCGCUCUCUAGGGCUUCCUCGAGCUCAAUCAGGUCCAAAUUCAGCCCCAUAGUGGCUGCAAAGUCCAGAAGAGACUUCACCGUGAGAGCCGAGUCGGAAGGCGAAGCCGGAGCGGCUGAGAAUGAAGAAGCUGUUAGUGAACCGGCUUCGGAGGCUGUAGUGGAAGCUGAAGCAGGAGCAGUUGUGGAGACUGAGCCUGAGCCUGAGCCUGAAGAGAAGACGCCGCCGCGGAAGCCUCGUAUUAAGCUUGGCGACGUAAUGGGGAUACUAAAUAGCCGGGCAAUUGAGGCGGCAGAGAAGGAAAGGCCAGUUCCAGACAUUAGGAGUGGAGAUGUUGUGCAAAUUAAGCUGGAAGUUCCGGAAAACAAGCGUAGAUUGUCUAACUAUAAAGGUAUCGUUAUUUCAAAGCAAAAUGCUGGCAUUCACACAACAUUUCGCAUUCGGAGGAUUAUUGCUGGUGUAGGGGUUGAGAUUGUUUUUCCUCUAUACUCACCACUCAUCAAGGAGUUGAAGGUACUUAGUCACAGGAAGGUCAGAAGGGCGAGACUGUAUUAUUUGAGAGACAAACUUCCUAGGUUGUCAACUUUCAAGUGAGAAAGAGCGAUUCCAGCCGUUCCUUGAGAAAGAGUAGUCCAAUGAAACCUGUCACGUUGUAAGAACUAUAUCCUCUAAUCCAUUUGAUAUCAUGUGUAUCACUUGUCUCCAAUAGUUUUGUUGUAUGUAUUGGUUCUUUCCUAUUUGUAUUGUUCGUUAAAGUCUACUAGAAGAAAGGAUGAAGCUUUUCCUCCAACUAUGA